GGGGGGCGGUGGCCUUUCGGCUCACUUGGUGCCGCUGCUUGGGGGCUGCAGUGACCGUGCCGCUCCUGCUGGGGGCUGCCCACGCCAAGGACCGCACUCUGUCAUCUCCUCUUCCACCUCCCAGGGAAGCGGUCUGGGCUGGACCAGCAGGAAUUCUGUCCUUUGCCAUUGUUGUUUGUGAAGAUGGAAAACUUAAUGUCUCUGGAGUCCACCUUUUACUUGAGAUAACUGAAACCUUAUGUUUUAAGCUCCCUGGAAACACCUGUGAGAAGAACAUUAUCCAUGAAUCAUGAACUGCUCCUACUCCCUCAUGUUGACAUAGUUGCUGUCACCUUGCUUAGCCCUCAGGAGGAUCAGAGAAGGGGCAGCCCUCCGCCUCACCUGGCUGGCUGCCCACCCUUCACUCCAAACACAUUUUGUUUAUUUAUCCCCGACCUGUGCUUGUGAUGGUGGAGAGGUGGACGUGAGGACCCCCACGGCCAGCUGCCUCUGCAUGGCUGUGGCCAGUCCUGUCACUCACGUGGGGGACUGUAAGGCAGUCACAGCAGAGGCGCAGGUCCGGAGCAGAGAUGCCGGUGGACACUCACCGAGGGCCUGGGGUUCCCCGUGCCCAGGCCCUUUGUGCUCCUGUCGCAGCUGCCUCAGCUGUGAGGACACCUGGGUUCUGGUCCCGGCAGCGCCUUGACUGCUUCAGGCUUCAGUUUCUUCAUCCUCAGAAGGACAAUAGACCAGCGCUGUCCAAUAGAAAUGCGAGAGCCUCAGUGAGGUUUCCAGUAGUCACAUUAAAAGUGUCCCUGGCCAGAACGCCCCCCACAAUGGCAGAGGAGAGCAGCAGCACCAGGGACUGCGUGUCCUUCAGCGUGCUCAACUGGGACCAGGUUAGCCGGCUGCAUGAAGUCCUGACCGAGGUCGUACCCAUCCACGGGCGAGGCAACUUUCCAACCUUGGAGAUGACCCUGAGGGACAUCGUCCAGACCGUCCGCAGCCAGCUGGAGGAGGCAGGCAUCAAAGUGCAGGACGUCCGGCUGAACGGCUCCGCCGCGGGCCACGUCUUGGUCAAAGACAACGGCUUGGGGUACAAAGACCUGGACCUCAUCUUCCACGUGGCCCUUCCCACCGAGGUCGAGUUCCAGCUGGUCAGGGAUGUGGUGCUGUGCUCCCUCCUGAACUUCCUGCCGGAGGGCGUGAGCAAGCUCAAGAUCAGCCCGGUCACCCUGAAGGAGGCCUACGUGCAGAAGCUGGUGAAGGUGUGCGCAGACCCUGACCGCUGGAGCCUCAUCUCCCUCUCCAACAAGAACGGCAGGAAUGUGGAGCUGAAGUUCGUCGACUCCAUCCGGCGCCAGUUCGAGUUCAGCGUGGACUCCUUCCAGAUCAUCCUGGACUCUCUGCUCUUUUUCUAUGACUGCUCCAGCCACCCCAUCUCCGAGCACCUGCACCCCACCGUGAUCGGGGAGAGCAUGUACGGGGACUUCGAGGAAGCCUUCGACCACCUGCAGAACAGACUGAUCGCCACCAAGAACCCCGAGGAGAUCCGGGGCGGGGGGCUGCUCAAGUACAGCAACCUCCUCGUGCGGGACUUCAGGCCCGCAGACCAGGAGGAGAUCAAAACCCUGGAGCGCUACAUGUGCUCCAGGUUCUUCAUCGACUUCCCGGACAUCCUGGAGCAGCAGAGGAAGCUGGAGACCUACCUGCAGAACCACUUUGCCGAAGGGGAGAGGAGCAAGUACGACUACCUCAUGAUCCUGCGCAGGGUCGUGAACGAGAGCACCGUGUGCCUCAUGGGGCACGAGCGCAGGCAGACCCUGAACCUCAUCUCCCUCCUGGCCCUGCGCGUGCUGGCCGAGCAGAACAUCAUCCCCAGCGCCACCAACGUCACCUGCUACUACCAGCCAGCUCCCUACGUCAGCGACGGCAACUUCAACAACUACUACGUCGCCCAGCCUCCAGUGACCUACAGCCAGCCCUACCCCACCUGGCUGCCUUGUAACUAACCUUGAGACCUGAGGGUUUCCACAGCGGGAACCCCGUAGGGCCGGGGCUCUCAGGUAGGGGAGCCUCCUUCUAGAUGUAGGUGUUUGCCUCUUAAAGGGGAACUCAGCUCUGAUUCUUCUUUGUUUUCUUUGUGUGCCCAUUGGCAUGGUCUGCCGUGUGUCAUGAGCCAACCCUAAAGGGACCCAUUGUUCCAGUGCCACUUUGGAAAAAGCUGUAGGAAGUACGGCCUACCCGCAUCUUUCCGAGACAGACACUACCCCAUCGUGUCCCCCACGUGAGCGCCGGGAGGUCCGAGCUCUGUGCGGUGCCCCAGGUUGGGGAACCGCCCGGGCGGAGUGUGAGAAGCACGGACCCACUUGUCUUCUCACUGGGGCCUAGAGAAGGCUCUGCCGGCGCCCGCUGGGGACGCUCAGUCCCGUGAAAGUUGUGCCGAUGGUCUACUUCCUUGCAUCAGUUGUAGGCAGGCAGAACGUGGCAACGGUGAGGGUGCUCCCGUGACUUCAGUUGCUUGCGUCUCCGGGACGGCGCUGGCGUGUGCUGCUCCGUGUGGGCAGAGCCCAGGACUCCUCUCACCGGUGAACCAGAGCCAGCUGCCACCGAACGGCUGUCUGGCCGGAGUGCCCCACAGGUUAGAUGCCGUGCUCCUGCGAGGAAUUGUGUGAGAUGGCUGAGAGGAAGAAAAGAAGGUCUCUGCGUGACAUGUCACUUGAAAAAAAUAAAACGUGGAACAUAAUGUUAAACUAGAGCUGUGGUGGGGGUGGGAGUGAUUGUACAUAGGAAACCUGAAUGUCCGCUUUUCUUUAAGGAAUUUUUAUGACUGAUGCUUCUUUUUCCCUCAGUGGCUCGUCACCUUUGUUUUUCUCUUCCUCAGACUGAGGGUUGUGCCCAGUCUGGGGUCACUUGAGUAACUGACGUGUGAGGGUCUCCCUGUGUUUUCACCGGAAACCCGUUCUGGUCACAUUCCAAGUAUGACAAGCUGUUUUUCUGGAGUACUUGGGCUGAUUGUUUUGUUUUGGUUUUUUUUUUGUUGUUCAAAAGUAGUGAUUUCCUUCUCCAGGUUUUUUUUUUUCUUCUUUUUUUGACAGCAAAUAAAUUCAGGAAUUUCAAUAAAACUGGGCAGCCUGUGGAGUGAUCUGCCCUUGUGAGCAGAUAUCUUUGGCUUAACUUUGCUUUAGAAUGGGACUCGCUGCCCCCGCGCUGGGCAUGAGGCAGAGAGCUGUACCCCCAGCCGGGCCCGUGUGUGAUGGCCGCCCUGCGGCGGUCAGUGCUGGCGUGUCUGGGGGUCAGUGGUGUGAAUGAAGAAUGAGCCUCCUGACGCUGGUAGAUUUGACCACACCUGUUUAUAUUCUGCACUUUAGAAGGAGAACAGUAUUAACCUCUAGUCGAAAGCAAGCUUAGCAAACGGGAGCGCUCUAGGCUGCUGCUUUCCCAGUAGAUUAAGUUAAGGGAUUUUGUGUUUUUGAAAUUUUUGGUGUGAUUUCUUAGCAAGCAUCACUUCAGGGUGUCCAGGGCGAAGAGACCCCAUCUUGCCAGCCAGCCUGGUUUCGGCGGUGGUUCCAUCUGGCCCAUGGUCCUGAGUUUAAAUUUGUCCCACGGCCGUGCAAACCCCAGCCCUGAGUGAGUGCUUCCUCCUUGCUUUAAUAAGCAAUGAAGCUGCCUUCUUACAGAAAUGCUGAAUAGAAAACAAGUGGUUUACCUUAUUUGAAGAUUAUAUUUUCAGGGUUUCUUUUCUAGAAUGUGGUGUCUUGGUCCUCUUAAAACGCAGGUGGGGCCUGGCUGGGCCCCGAGGCUUAGCUGGUGUCCAGGUUGUGCUGCAUGAGGUGAAGAGAAGCCACUUCUCGGUGUAACCAGUUCCUGUUUCUCUGGGAGCCAGUCAUGUCUGAAUGCACUGGCUUUGAGUCAAGGCCAGUUCGACAUUGGUGGGGAGGGGCAGGGUGCUUCGGUGUUAGAAGGGGGCAAGGAAAGAAGAGUGAAUCCCACCUUUGAAAACAACAUGGUCAUCCAUGACCUUAAUAGACUGCCAUUGUGGUCAGAUGGCCACCUGUUUGCUCAAAAAUGACAGAUCUGUUUAACCAAAGCUUUGAGAUGUGAUGGAGCUGCCAACAAAAGCACUCGCCACUGGCAGUCGGGAUGGCACCCACCAGGAGGUGUGGGGGACUGGGCAGUGAGGCUCCAGAAGGAGGGACCAGAACCGCGUCAGGCCAUUAAACGUCAGUUCGUCCUUGGAGCUCUUUCUGCUUGUUUUCUCCCCCCCCCCCACCCCCACCCCCGGCCGGAACUAGUCCUUUGAGAGUGGAGGGAAGCACAGAAGAUACUAGGAGUCUCCAGCCUCCAGUCCUUUCCCACCAUUGCAAGAUGACCAGCUUGGCGGUCUCUUCACCUGAAGCCCUUAGGCAGCCCAGCUGUUCUGGAGUUUGAGAGCAGGCAUGUUCUAGAACCAUCAGGGUACAAAGCCACACUGACCAAAGCUGUACUUGUGAUAUAUCACCCAGGGCUAGUGGUAUCUCCACCUGCUCUGUGAGCCUUUUGCCUGCCUCCGACUAGACCAGGUAACCUUGAAUUUCAGGUGUCUGGAAAUUCUAGCUGAAACCUGCCUUUCAUGUGGCUCACAAGCACCAGGUACUCUGAAGCUGUACUGAGUCCUGUGAUGGUUCUUUUCUGUGUGUUGAGUAACAUGAAACUUGGCAGUGGCCAAGGGCACUAAAGUUCAAGUGCAAGUUCUUGCAUACAUUUAAGCAGUCUCAUUUGCUUCAGGGCUCUGAACAGUUUUCUGAUGCUUUCUGCAAGUGUGCAGCUCGUUACCCCAGCCUGCGUCUUGGAAUCAGGUCAACAGCAGUGAGAUUCAAACAGCACCUUUCCCUUGUGUUGGCAGAGGGUGCACGCUGAGUUCCUGGCCCUGAGCUCCAGCCUCACCCUUAAACCUCACCUUGGCAGUGAGACACUAUUCUUCACUCAGUAAGUGCAACUCUGAAACCAAACUCCAUGACACCAACACCUUUGCAUCAGGGUUCCUCCUGACCACUUGUGGGAUAUGGCGUGAGCCACAACCUGGGGAACUGGUGGGUGGGGGAGUCUGGGAAGGAAAGACGCUGGGAUUCUGCUAUUUGGCAACUUGUGGUUUGACAUUUAAGUCCCCCCACCGCCCCGAGUUUGAUUUUCCCCUGGAGAUGGGAGUUACAGUGAGCUGUGUGUGAACCUAUGGAGUUCUUUGUGUUUUUGGUGUGAUGCAUUAGCAAGCAAAUGGCUAAAGCCCAAAUCUGCUUGUUCUUUGGCCUCCCUGCCAGCAAUGGCCCCUUACCUUCUUGGUAGAUGAGGACUGGAACUAGUACUGCUUUCUUAACUUUGGGAAGUGGUGCCACUCAAAAGCAACUUCCUAACUUUCGGAACGCCUCCCUUCUUGUUAACUUUCUGGGGCUGCUGCCUUGUUUUAGGGUGCAGCUGGAUUCUGAGCUCAAAUGUCCUCUUCUAGAGACUAAAUGAUAGUGACCCAUUUGUGAGGAGAGACCCCAAUGCCCAUCAGGGCUGUGACUCUUGGGGUGUCUGCCUGGGGCUUCCCGUGAAAGAGAAGCCUUUGGGGGGGUUCUGUAAGGUGAGAGAACUUCCAGUGGCCAAGGUUAAAUUCGCACCCUUAAUCUGGCAGAGACCAGAAUGUCACAGCUGACCUUGGAACAUACUCCAAUUCCGCCAGUUACAUUCAGAAGACCAGGGGAGGGGUGUGUGUGUGUGUGUGUGUGUGUGUUUGGGAGGAAGGUGGUAUAUUUAAAAAGUCCUGACAACUUUUCAGGAUUAUUUGUGGAGACUUCAAGGUGAGGAUCAGGAAAGAAAAUGCUUUUUUUGUGAGUUCAAGUUCUAAACCUUAUUGACCUAUCACUUUAUAAAAAUAAAAACAAACAGAAAAACAAAACAAAACAAAAACGGCGAAGUGUCAGCAAAAGAAAAUGCUUGGAGUUUUGCCUGGGUUGGUGCGAGUUGUCGCAAACUGCUGUGUGUGUUCGCCCAGCAAGGUGAGAAGACCGUCCGCUAAAGAGGAAGUCAUUCCAUCACACGGAUCUGUGGGUGUUUAAAAACUCAAGCCAUCUGGUUUUGUUGUGUUUUUUUUUUUAAUGAAUGAAAAAAAAAAUAGCUGCUUUAGGAAAAUUAAGAUUUUUUUUAUCCAUUAACUUCCAAAUUAAUACAGUUCAAAAGUAAGAUACUUGUUAGGUUAGACUAAAUUGGAAGCUUUUGUUUCACUAGGUACACAUAGACUUUGAGAUGGUAAUUGACUAGGAUGCCUGAGGGUUCCUCUUUGGUGCGAUGGUCACUGACCUUCCUACGUGAAGCAGGUAAAAUCAUUUAUCAAUGCAAAAUGUAUUAGAACUUGAUGAAAUAGAGCUUUGAGUUUGAGAAAUAAAGAUAUAUUUAAAAAAAACA